CACACACGACGCAACACAUCAGCGGUCCAGUCUCCUCCAACGCAGCACGGACGCACACCACAAGAUCAUUUGGAUAAUAUCAGAAUAUUUGCUGGGGAAUCUUUUAUAUUAUUAUUUUUUCGAGCUCCAGAAGCUUGUGAUCGGCGGUGCACGCGGGAGCACACCCAUGCCAGACAAGGCAGGGCGCGGAGUAUAGACACACUUUAACCGGGUCAGCGUGGAGGAGGAGGAGGAGGUGGAGGAGGAGAGCGUCACGUUCAGCUGGUGGAGCAACGAGCACAAACUCAGGGAUAUGACCAGUAACACCGGAAGAGGUCAUGGGGGUCUUAACCAACUAGGUGGAAUGUUUGUUAAUGGCCGCCCACUUCCGGAGGUGAUCCGGCAACGCAUUGUGGACAUGGCCCAUCAGGGGGUUCGGCCUUGUGACAUCUCACGGCAGCUUCGAGUGAGCCACGGCUGUGUCAGCAAGAUCCUGGGACGCUACUAUGAGACAGGCAGCAUCAAGCCUGGUGUGAUCGGUGGCUCCAAGCCCAAAGUGGCCACCCCUAAGGUUGUGGAGAAGAUCGCUGAGUACAAGAGGCAGAAUCCCACUAUGUUUGCCUGGGAAAUCAGAGACCGACUGUUGGCGGAGGGAGUGUGUGACAGUGACACGGUGCCCAGCGUGAGCUCCAUUAACAGAAUAAUUCGAACGAAGGUCCAGCAGCCAUUCAACCUCCCUCUGGAUGGAAAAGGCCUGAGUCCGGGACAAACCUUGAUCCCCAGUUCUGCGGUCACCCCUCCAGAAUCUCCACAAUCAGACUCUCUGGGCUCAACCUACUCCAUCAGCGGCUUGCUGGGUAUUCCUCAACCCAAUGGCGAGGGGAAAAGGACCCACGAUGACAGUGAUCAGGAGAGCUGUCGACACAGUGUGGACUCUCAGGGCAGCGGGGGUAUCCCAAGGAAGCAGAUGAGAGUGGACCACUUCCCUGGAGCCUCACAACAUCUGGACUGUGGCUUUGAUCGUCAUCCCUAUCCUCCGGACUCAUUCAGCUCAGCAGCAGGCAGCAAGGGAGAGCAGACGUUGUACCCACUGUCCCUGAUCAACAGUAGCCUAGAUGAAGCCAAGACCAGCCUCUCAUCAUCCAGCUCUGCCAUAGGGCGAAACCUGUCAGCACACCAGAGCUACACCAUGGUGGCUGAGCCUGUACAGACCCUACCACUUUGUCUAAAACAGGAAAUGUCCCCAGAAGUGACCAGCACGAGCCCCUCCCCAAACAUGGCAGCCUCUAACCUGGCAUUUGUGGAGCUGCAGGCGCUGCAGAAACCCAUUUCUGUCAGCAGCAACAACUGCAGCGGCAGCAGCUCCAACCAUUUCCCCAACGCCUUCAACUCAUUCUCCCAUCAUGCACCAGUGUAUGGGCAAUUCAGCAGUCAGUCUGUCAUCUCAGGGCGCGACAUGGUGAGCUCCACCCUCCCUGGCUACCCACCUCACAUCCCGUCCCCUGCUCAGACAGGAUACUCUUCCUCUGCCAUCACGGGCAUGGUAGCAGCAGGUGCAGACUACUCGGGUCAGUCCUACAGCCAUUCACCCUACACCUCCUACGGUGAAGCCUGGAGGUUCACCAACUCCAGUUUACUGGGUUCCCCCUAUUACUACAGCUCGGCCUCCCGCACGGGCCCGCCAUCUGCAGCCGCCUACGACCACCUCUAGUCCUGGCAGCCUCAGAUUUCCACGCCAGGAUGAGAACUGGACAACUUAACAUCAGCUGAUCUGAACGUGGACCAAGGCAUGGAGCUCUAAACUGGAUGGGAACUUGAGACUCUGCUGAUGACCUAGCAACACUUUCUUUUUUUCUCUCAUCCUCUCAUGGUCAACAACACCUGAUUCUAUUUAUUUGUCAUCACAGAUAACAUUUCCCGGGGUGGCUGUGACUCAUGCACGUUUACACACUAUUAACCGCGACCUCCUCCAGGGCUUAUUUCCAGAGACUCAACCGGUGCAUAUUUUCAGUAUGAAUCUAUUCAGCGUUGUUUCGGCCAAAGACUUUUUUUUCCUGGUACAUCUGCAACUUGACUCCACUGAUCCAGUGAAUAUGGAUAUGCAACUUCUUUAUACUGAACUAUGCCUGCUUUGUUUACAAUCUUUAUUUUUGUUUGUUUUUAAGAAAAAUUGAAUCCUGUCCUAUCAUCACAAAUCAACUUCUAUUCUUGAUCUACUUGUAUGCUUGCCUGCAAAUUAAGUUUGUGAUUUUUUUUUUUUUUGAAGUGUAAAUUCAGAUUUUCUUUUGGGGAAAAUCACUAUUACAACAAAAUGCCCACAUACGCCCCUCAAAUUACAUAUCUGUCCAGCAAUAUGUAUAUAAUGUAAAUGAGGAAUUACUUUAUGCGGAAAGUGCAGUUUCACUGAGGGGGGUGAUGCUGAUUUGAUUACAAAAACGAACAAGGCUUGAAAUACUUUUGUUUUCGCUUCAGAUAAAUUUAGUUUGUUGUCAUGCUGAUGUUCUGAUGUUUGGUAAAAA